AUGGUGAACUCUCAACAAGACUACAUCAGUGUUACCGUACUCUUCGUUGUGAAUCUUCUCAAUUAUGUAGACCGAUAUACAGUUGCUGGUGUGCUCACUCAAGUUCAAACCUAUUAUAAUAUUUCUGACAGUUUGGGAGGUCUAAUUCAAACUGUUUUCCUCAUUUCCUUCAUGGUAUUCUCUCCAAUUUGUGGAUAUCUUGGAGACCGUUUCAAUAGAAAAUGGAUCAUGAUCGUUGGAGUUGGAAUAUGGCUUGGAGCAGUUCUCGGAUCCAGUUUCGUUCCUGCUAACCAUUUCUGGCUAUUCCUGGUUCUGAGAAGUUUCGUUGGAAUAGGAGAAGCAUCAUACUCCAACGUGGCUCCUUCUCUGAUAUCUGAUAUGUUCAAUGGACAAAAAAGGAGUACUGUAUUUAUGAUAUUCUACUUUGCCAUCCCAGUUGGAAGUGGUCUCGGGUUCAUUGUUGGAUCAAAUGUUGCCACAUUAACUGGACAUUGGCAGUGGGGAAUUCGUGUUUCUGCAAUUGCUGGAUUCAUUGUUAUGAUUGCUUUGGUUCUAUUCACUUAUGAACCAGAAAGAGGAGCUGCUGAUCGAGCAGGUGGAGAGGCCAAGAAUACUGUACUGACUACAAAUACAACAUAUUUCGAAGAUCUUGUCAUUCUUAUGAAGACUCCGACUCUUAUUGCGUGCACAUGGGGUUACACUGCACUUGUCUUUGUCUCGGGAACUCUUUCUUGGUGGGAACCUACAGUAAUCCAACAUUUGACUGCGUGGCAUCAAGGGUUAAAUGAUACAAAAGAGCUUGAUCCUGCUGAUAAGGACAGAGUUGCUCUCUACUUCGGAGCCAUCACAACAGCUGGUGGUCUCAUCGGAGUAAUUUUUGGAUCGAUGCUUUCAAAAUGGCUAGUUACUGGAUAUGGACCAUUCAAAAGAUUUCAAACGGAAAGAGCUCCACCAUUGGUUUCUGGAGCAGGAGCUCUGUUGGCUGCUCCAUUGUUGUUGAUAGGAAUGAUCUUUGGAGACAACAGUUUGGUUCUUCUGUACAUUAUGAUCUUCUUUGGACUCACAUUCCUUUGCUUCAAUUGGGGACUCAAUAUUGAUAUGUUAACUACUGUAAUUCAUCCAAACCGUCGAAGUACCGCAUUUUCAUACUUUGUACUAGUUUCCCAUCUAUUUGGAGAUGCUUCUGGACCAUACCUGAUCGGUUUGAUUUCUGAUUUAAUUCGGCAUGGUUCGACUCUUCCAAAAGACCAAUAUCAUUCUCUGGUCACUGCAACAUACUGUUGUGUUGCUCUUCUUCUUAUCUCGGCUGGUCUUUAUUUCGUUUCUUCUCUCACUUUAAUCAGUGAUCGAAGGAAAUUCAGGAUGGAAAUGGGUCUUGAUGACUCCCAGUCCAAACCAAUUCGUACAUCAACUGAUAGUUUGGAGAGAAUAGGAACAAAUGAUGAAGUCGCCUCUUCCAGAUUAUAA